CCGAGACAUAGAAUGAGCAAGCGAUGAUGUAGCGAAAGUCUAAAAAAUAGAGCAGGAAUAGUUGGAAGUAGAAUAUUCCAGUGGAUAGGUUCAGGAAUUGAUGGGCGAUCGAUGAUCCGAAGCUCUCACAAUCACGCACUUCAGUUGCUGUUUGCAAACGAAGCCGACCGAAGAAUCCAGCAGCAGGGUCCUUCUAUCCUGGCUGCCAUUCAGGUACUCUGGACACCACCAGAGGCCGCCGUGCAUUAGCGAUGGAACCCAUCUGGAGCCCUGUCUUGCAUUUGAGUGGUCGACGGGGAAUCUCGACGCAACGCCACCCCGAACCAAGAGCUCAUGUGGAUCCUCCGAUACCUGCGGGAAGAGGUAACCCGCACGCCAUGACGAAAUGGUACGAGCUAGUAGCUUCGCAUGCGGCUCACGGCUGCGUAAGGAACCCCGCAAAAGGCUGCGUCGGCGAGCUUUCUGGCUAAAAGUCUAGUCUUAUGUGAGGGGUUAUAAAAGACGCCAAAGUCCCUCAAAGCACGCAGAGCGUAUCGUCUCAACCUCUUCAUCUACAAUACCACUAUUACUCCACAUCUUUCGUCUUUUACAUACCCCCUCCCACACAAACUAUCACCAUGGAUUUCGUCAAGAAGGCCGUCAGCGCUGUUCAGGAGAACACCAACAAGAACACCAACACUAACCCCCCUCCCCAGACUGAGGGUGGUGAAGGUGGUGCCCCUCCCGCCGAGGGCCAGGCUCCUCCUGCCCAGGGCGGCGCUGGCCAGCAGGACUACGUUGACAAGGCCUUUGACUUUGUCGCCAAGAAGUCUGGUCACACCAUUGACCGUGACACUGAGGAGAAGAUCACCGACCAGGGCCGAGCCAUGUUCGAGAAGGCCACUGGCAAGAAGGUUCCCGAGAAGUUCUCCAACUAAGCAAUGCUUUCUGUAAACAAAACCAACACCGCAUGAAAACAGCAGAGCCGAGCUCGCAGGCUAGCCCAAUGAGGUAACCUCUUGCUUGUUGCUUAUUGCAGACUCCAGUUUAUAUCAAUAAUAUUAUACCCUUCAAGCUUAUGAAUAAAGGAACCUUUU